AGACACAGAGACAGAGACGAUGCAGCAACGAGCGUUCUGCAGAGGGAUCCCUGUGUUGGCGUACAGCGUCGCUCCUUCCUUCACCUGCACCGUACAUGGGUCGGAAAGAUCGGAUUAACUCCCCCCUCCCCAGCGCUCUGGCAAUCGGACUGAAGAACAAGGUUCAAGUGAUCUCCAGAGGCUACAAUCUCUCUCCCCCACCCUCCCACUGGUGGUUUGAGUGGCUGAGGAUCGAGGAUACCGCUGGUUUGGAGUUUUACCGUUGGUGUAGGCUUAAGAGGUCCAAUAGGCCAAGGUAAAGGACAGCCAUCUUGGGGGGAGUAGCGAUCCCUGCUCAUUAACACUGCCUUACACACAAUAAGGAACAAUGAUCACAUUUACACCACGCCAAUUCGGCCCUUCGGCCCAACUCUGCCCAUGCUGACCCAAAUGUCCCAUCCAAGCUAGGCCAACCAUUUGGCCCAUAUCACUCUGAACCUUUCCUAUCCAUUAUCUAUCUUUUAAAUGGUAAUCAGUGACUUUUAAUUUGUACCUGUCUCAAUUACCUCCUUUGGCAGCUCGUUCCAUACACCCACCACCCUCUGAGUGAAAUAUUUGCCCUUUAGGGGCCUUUUAAAUCUUUUCUUCCCCCAUCUCACAUAAAAGUCCACUGGUUAUUGAUCACCCUAUUCAGGGUAAGAGACCCUAUCUAUCCCCCUCAUGAUUUUGAGCAUCUCCGCUAGAUCACCCCUCAGCCUCCAGAGCUCCAAGGAAUAAAGCACUUGGCUGGCCAACCUGCCCCUCUAGUUCGGGCCCUCGAGUCCUGGCAACAUCAGAGGGGGGAGGAUGGGGUUUCAGCGACCCCUCUGGCUUUAGUUGGAGAGGGGGGGAUGGAUAUGAUGUUGUCAGGCCCCCAGGUCUAUGGUGCCAGCUGCCUGCCCUCUGGCACUGGGGACUUGGUGACCAGGCUCCCUCCACAAGGCCCGCCGGCCAACGGCUCCUGGCCCCUGCUGCCCCCCGCCAGGAGCUGCUGCUGGGGACGGGGUGCAUUGGGGCCGGCUGAGGACGGGGCCCGGCAGCUGGGGCCGAGCCAGGAGGCGGUGGGGCCCACCGGCCGUGAGAGGGUGCAGCAAGGUGGCGAGGCAGCACCCGGAGAGGGAGCUCCGGCCGGCGAGGACGCAGAGGGCGAGUCCUGUCACGGAGCUGGUCUCCUCGCAGAGCUAGAGGGUGGCUCCUGCCAUGGAGCAGGUCCCCCUGUGGAGGUGGAGGGUUGGCCCUGUCAUGGAGUUUGUCCCCUCGCUGAGCUGGAUGAUGGGUCCUGUCAUGGAGCUGGUCCCCCCCUGGAGGCAGAGGGUGGGUCCUGUCAUGGAGGUGGUCCUCCUGUGGAGCUAGAGGGUGUGCCCUAUCAUGGAGAUAGCCAGGAGAAUGGGCCCAUUGAUAGAGCUGGCCUGAUAGUGGAGAAGGGGAGGGGGCCCCCUGAUGGAGCUGACCCCAGUUUGGAGGCAGGUGAUGGGCCCUACCGUGGAGCCAGCGGGGAAACUGGUGGGCCCCCUCAUGGAGCAGGCCACACCGUGGAAUUACAGUGUAGGCCCUGUCACGGAGCUGGCCAGCUGGGAGACCCACGGGACUGUGGUGAUGGCGAUGGCAAAGAUGGUGCCUUUACAGAGGAGAUGGAACUCCAGCGACGACAGUGUGCCCGUCGGAGAACCCAGGCGGGCAAAGAGAACGCGACGGAAAUGAAAGGCGUGUUGAAAACCCAUCGCCAUGUAUCCCUGGAGCUCUCUGGUCCCAUCUCUGUGGCUCCCACAAGGCCGGUAACCAUGACGAUGGACGCCAUUGAUGGUCAGGCCUAUGGAUCCUGGGAGUUCUCCGGUUCCACCUCAGUUGCUGCCAAAGGCCCAGUAACCACGGCGAUGGGGGCUAUGGAGGAUCGGGCCUUUGGAUCCUGUUCCACCUCGACUGCUCCCACAAGCCCAGUAACCACGGCGAUGGGCGCCAUGGAGGAUCGGGCCUAUGGAUCCAGGGAGUUUUCCGGUCCGAACUCAGUUGCUCCCACAAGCCCAGUAACCACGACGACGGCCCCCGACGAUGACUUUGGGACGUUCGAGCAGGCGGGGAACCUGGUGGUGUGGGCAGCGGCGGCGGGGCCCGUGUGGCUGGAGGACGAGAAUGGGAUCGGCGGCAGCGGGAACCAGGAGGACAAGGCGCAAGACGGAACGUGGGCACCUUGGCCUGAGGAACUUGCAGAAACCGUACAGCACGGAACAAGUCACGGGUUCGGUGACGGAGCGGCGGAGAGCUGGGAGAGCACGAGUCCUCGCGGCAGCCCCGGCCCCACCUCCAGCGGUGCCUGGCAACCCUUCCAGCGGGGCAGUAUGGGCAGCGGCUUCGGUGCUUUCCCGCUGAGCGAGCGGCAGGCGGCGCGGUGUGGCCUCGGACAGCCCUGGUGGCUCACCGGCACGCCGGUGCGUACAACCUUCCCAACGGAGGAUUCUUCCGUGUCCGCACGGGGCAGAGGUGACGUGGAGUCCGUGUUGCGCUCUUGUUUCCCCGCCGUCCCCUGCAGCAGCGGCACAUGCGAUGCAUGCCCCACUCUGGGAUGCAUUCUGGACGGCACUGAUGCGACCGGGGAGGAAGGAGCCGCCAGGAGCCGGGCCAGCGAGUUGUGGGCGACUCUACGGGACGUGGAUGAGGCCGUCGGCCUGAAGCAGCGACACGGGUGCCGGAGUCACGGGCUGCUGCUGGCGGCACUGAGCGUGGAUCCUGCCCUCACGGACCCCCCGCUGGGCGGCAUGACAGCCCUGGACCCAUCCCCGCUGUCCGCCAGGGACAACAGGUUGGAGACGUUCCCGUCUCCGGUCAGCUCCGGCUGGGAUCCCCGGGACUUAACGUUGAUCAAGGACUCGCUCCCCCAGCACCAGGUGAACGGCCUCAGCCCCAGCCAUCGCCUCCAGGCCUUCUUUUAUCAGUGGGCGCAGGCCGACAGGAACGGGAGGAACAAGAGUGCCUGCGAUGUCAACAAGAACCACAUGGCGUGAGACCCGGGGGGGGGGGGCGACCCUCUCCGUCUCUCGGAGAACUCUUUUACAUGGACUUCUAACUCCAAGUUGUGACAUCCAGGACAGUUUCACAAGUUAUCGGAGUAGAAUUAGGCCAUUCGGCCCAUCGAGUCUACUCCACCAUUCAAUCAUAGCUGAUCUCCACCUCCUAAUCCCAUUUUCCUGCCUUCUCCCCACAACCCUUGACACCGUUCUAAUCAAGUUUGCUCUUGGAAAAGGUGUAAGGCAAUGGGGAUGGUUCCUAAGGGGUGGGGAAUUGUAGAAAUGUAGAUAUUCCCGAAGGAUUGGAGCAAUAUUCCUGAAACCACCAUUGUUUUUCCUGCAUUUCAGAAUGCCAGGAGCAAAUCCAGCUGUUUAGUUUAGUUUGGUUUAGAGAUACAGCGUGGAAACAGGCCCUUCGGCCCACCGAGUCUGUGCCGACCAGCGAUCACCCCGUACACUAACACUAUC